GUCCAGAAUAGAACCAUGUUGUACCAUAGAUCUUGGCGGUUCUGCUUGGCAGCAUUGGUAUUCGUACUUCUUCAUGACCUGGUAUCUACACAAUUUCCUCGCCAAUGUGCCACUGAAGAGGCGUUACUUAGUGGCGAGUGCUGCCCUAGUCUAUUUCCUCAACUGUCUCCAGAUGCAAGUGAUCAGUGUGGCUUUACUGUAGGUCGUGGGGUGUGCGGACCUAUAACUGUGGACUCCAGGCCUCAUGGACCCCAGUAUCAGCUUGAUGGAACAGAUGACCGAGAACAAUGGCCAAUUCGCUUCUUUAAUAGGACAUGUAUAUGUAAUGGUCGGUUCUAUGGUCACAACUGUGGCAGCUGCAGACCUGGAUGGACAGGAGAUAAUUGUGACCAAUCACUUGUAGUAGUAAGGAGAAAUGUCUUGGACUUGCGUGCUGAAGAGAGACAACGUUUUAUUAACGCACCUGAUCUUGCCAAAAACACUGUGCACCCAGACUUCGUCAUUGCAACCCGUCAUUACAAUGAGCUUAUAGACCAAGAAAGGAAUACCACUAACUUUGAAAACAUUUCAAUCUUUGACUUCUUUGUUUGGACCCACUUUUACAGUGUUAGCAAAACUUUCCUAGGCUCAGGCCAGGGUAGUGUUGGUGACAUAGACUUCUCUCAUGAGGGCCCUGCUUUUCUUACCUGGCACAGAUACCACUUGAUUCAACUGGAAAGGGACAUGCAGAACUUUUUGCAGGAUCCCACAUUUGCACUUCCUUACUGGAACUUUGCUCUUGGUGGAAAUGAAUGUGACAUUUGUACAGAUGACCUUAUGGGUGCGAGAAGCAAUUUUGAUCAAAAUCUCUUAAGUCCCAACUCUGUGUUCUCCCGUUGGCGUGUUGUAUGUGAAUCUGUGGAAGAUUAUGAAAGCCUAGGGACUAUCUGUAACAAUACAGCAGGUGGCUCAAUCAGGAGAAAUCCUGCUGGAAAUACUGCCCGCCCAAUGGUACAGAGGCUUCCUGAGCCAGAAGACGUGCUUCUCUGCUUAGAAGUAAACUUGUUUGACACUCCCCCAUUCUUUUCAACGUCUUCAGAAAGCUUUCGGAAUACCAUUGAAGGUUACAGUGAACCUUCUGGGCAAUAUAAUCCCACAGUAAGAAGUCUUCACAAUCUAGCUCAUCUGUUUCUCAAUGGUACUGGGGGACAAACUCACUUGUCUCCAAAUGAUCCAAUCUUCGUGCUUCUUCAUACCUUUACUGAUGCAGUUUUUGAUGAAUGGCUGAGGAGGCAUAAUACAGAUACCAAUCAGUAUCCUCUGGAAAAUGCACCAAUUGGUCAUAACCGACAGUACAACAUGGUACCCUUCUGGCCACCAGUGACCAAUAAUGAAAUGUUUGUCUUGGCUCCAGAUAACCUGGGAUACUCAUAUGAUGUCCAGUGGCCUGGUCGUGCAUUAGGUAGUACAGAGAUCAUCACCAUAGCGGUUGUAGCAGCUUUGGUUCUAGUGGCUAUAAUUUUUGCAGGUGCCACAUGUGCCGUUCAACACAGAAGCAGAAAGAGUGAGGUUCUUCAGCCGCUCCUUGGUGAAGCCUAUCCACGUUAUGCUGAAGAUAAGGAAAAUACACAAGCUGUGUGAAAUGUCUAGAAUAUUUCUUCCAGCUUUUAAAGUGCUUGAGUAAUUUUACUGGAUUCUAGUGCUGGGUAGUAAUGUAAAAGUGUUCGGGUAAUGUGAGAGUCCAGGUUGUGUGUUGUAUUGCA